CUAGGAAGGGAUGGAUGGAGGAAGUGAAGGGGUGAAAAACCGGUUCAAUAGUUUUAAUUGGGGAAUUUUCAGUGCUAAUUGUCUGUUCCUUGUGCUAAUCAUGAGCCACUAAUUAAUGUUGGAAAUGCUCCAUGACUUGUGGAGUUUAUUCCCCUGUUUGGUUGUUUUUAGUCAACGUGUCGCAUCUGUUUUUUUUAUUUUUAUUUUUUCUUUUACUGUUUCUUUAAUGUUUACCGUCAACAUAUUUCCUUUUUUUUUUUUUUUUUUUCACUUUUGUUUACUCUAACUUGUCUCAACUAAGUCAUUUGCAACACUUGCUAAUUAGUUACUGCUUUGCCUCAUUGUUUCAUGUUUUUUCUGUCUCUUUGGGAACGUAUGGGGGAUGUGGGAUACAAAAAUUAAUUGAUUUCUCAAUUUGGAAUUUGCUCACCUGUUUAAUUAUUCAAAAGGGUGUCAGAAUGCUCAGGCUGAGAGUUUAUGGAUAUGUUCUUGCUCUGUCAUAUUCUUGCUUCAUACUUCUCGCACUUGCACAAAUUACAGAUCCUUCUGAAGGUCAGUUGCUACUGCUUCUUAUGACUCAUUAUAACAUGUUUAGCCGUUUUGAAAUUGCAUAAGUCCAAAUGUUACUUCAUCUCUUGAAAACUCUCUUUUGAAAUCUGUUCCAUGUCCUCUUAUUUUCUUCUUUAUUAGUGUUCAAAUCAUUGUUGCGUACCGUGUUCAAUACUGUUGAAGUAAGAAUUAAUGGUAUAAUCUCUUCCACCAUGUAUCCAAGUUUAUCUUUCACUGAAUUUGUUACAAGUUUUAGUGUUCUACAAUUUUUACUUGGAAUAAAAAACUAGAUUCUGUUUCCCAUUCCUAGAAGGAGAUCUUAAAAUUACGUAAUAUUCUCCAUUUAUACUGGCAUCGUUAAGUUCGAAGAGUAUAUGUGGAACUUGUUCUUACAGAUUUCAUUGAUUCAUAUGAGAAUCAACUUAUGAAUUUGUUUCCAUUUGCAGUCAAGGCGUUGCAAGCUGUCAAGUGCAGUUUAAUUGAUCCUCUGAAGCAUCUCAGUGGCUGGAACAAGGGGGAUCCUUGUGUAUCUAACUGGACUGGAGUUUUUUGUAUCGAUACAACUGUUAAGGAUGGAUACUUGCAUGUCCAGGAGCUCCGGUUGCUGGAUAUGAAUCUUUCAGGAAGUUUAGCACCUGAGCUUGGCUUACUGUCUCAACUUCAAAUACUAGAUUUUAUGUGGAAUGAACUAACUGGCACUAUUCCCAAGGAGAUAGGAAAGAUUGCAUCACUGAUCCUCUUGCUCUUAAAUGGAAACAAACUUUCAGGUUCUUUACCUGAUGAGCUUGGCUAUCUUUGGAAUCUUACGAGAUUCCAAAUCGACCAGAACCAACUUUCAGGUCCAAUACCAAAAUCAUUUGCUAACUUGCUCAGUGUUAAACACAUCCACUUCAACAACAAUUCUCUUAGUGGUGAGAUUCCAUCGGAGUUUUCCAAAUUGUCCAACCUUCUUCACAUGCUUUUGGACAAUAACAACUUCUCUGGGCGGCUUCCACCAGAAUUCUCCAGCUUAUCAAAGCUGCGCAUACUUCAACUUGAUAACAACGAUUUUGGAGGGUCUGAGAUUCCAGCUACUUAUGGAAGCCUUUCCACAUUAGUAAAAUUAAGUCUUAGGAAUUGCAGUUUGCAGGGAGGUGUUCCUGAUUUCAGUGGCAUAGCUAACCUUAGCUAUUUAGACUUGAGUAGGAAUCAUCUGACCGGACCCAUACCAUCACAAAAGCUUUCUCAUAAUAUAACAACCAUCAAACUGUCACAUAACAAUCGUAAUGGAUCUAUUCCCAUGAGUUUCUCAGAUCUUCCUUCUCUCCAAAAAUUGUCACUUGAGAGCAAUUUGUUGGCUGGUUCUGUGCCCUCUAGCCUAUGGCGGACGAUGUCCCUUACUACAAGUAAUAGACGUAUACUUGAUCUUCGAAACAAUUCAUUAUCAAACAUUUUGGGAGAUUUUGAUCCUCCAGCAAAUGUCACUUUGAGGCUUGAGAAUAAUCCUAUUUGCAAGAACUCUACCAUAAAGAACAUAGGCCGGUUUUGUAGUUAUGAAGAUGGAGGAAUUGAGAUCCCAGAAAACUCGACCAAUUCAACUCAAAAAAUGAUAUGUCCUGCUCAAGAAUGUCCCGAUGAUUAUUACUUUGAAAAUGUUCCAGCUUCCCCUGUUUCAUGCUAUUGUGCAUCCCCACUGAGAAUUGGAUAUCGGCUAAAGAGUCCCAGUUUUUCUUAUUUUCUUCCAUAUAUGAACAAAUUUAAGAUUUAUCUAAGUCAGUCUGUCAACUUGAACAUUUCUCAAAUUGCAAUUGAUUCAUUUAUCUGGGAAGAAGGGCCUCGUCUACGAAUGAAUCUGAAGCUUUUUCCUUUGUACGACCAUCGCGACAAACAUAUAUUCAAUGCAAGUGAUGUUCAGCGGAUAAGAAGCCAAUUUACAUCGUGGAAAUUUCCUCCCACUGAUUUUUUUGGACCAUAUGAGCUUCUCAACUUCACUCUCCUGGGGCCUUAUUCAAAUAGUAUCAUUACUAAAGGCAUUUUGGCUGCCAUCGUUAUAGGAGCCAUUGCCACCGUUGUUUCUAUUGCUGCAAUAGUCUUGCUUCUAAUCACAAGAUGUUCCAGCUUCCAUCACACUCCAUCAUCAAGGAAAAAUAUGUCCACAAGGAUUUCUGUGAAGAUUAAUGAUGUGAGGUCAUUCACCAUUAAAGAAUUGGUAUUGGCUACUGGGAACUUUAAUAGCUCAAGUCAAGUUGGCCAAGGAGGUUAUGGGAAGGUUUACAAAGGCAUCUUACCUGAUAAUAUGAUCGUGGCUAUCAAACGUGCAGAAGAAGGAUCAUUGCAGGGCCAGAGAGAAUUCUUGACAGAGAUAGAGUUGUUAUCAAGGUUACAUCAUCGAAACCUGGUCUCAUUAGUCGGGUAUUGUGAUGAAGAAGAGGAGCAGAUGCUGGUGUAUGAAUUUAUGCCCAAUGGAACUUUGAGGGACUGGCUUAGUGACAAGGCCAGGGGAACCCUGAGUUUCAGUAUGAGGUUACGAAUUGCACUGGGUUCGGCUAAAGGCAUUCUCUAUCUCCAUACAGAAGCAGACCCUCCUAUAUUCCACAGGGACAUUAAAGCCAGCAACAUACUUCUAGACUCCAACCUUACAGCUAAAGUGGCUGAUUUCGGACUCUCACGCCUUGCACCACUCCAGGAUGAUGAAGGGAUUCCUAAAUAUGUAUCUACUAUUGUGAAGGGGACACCAGGCUACCUUGAUCCAGAAUAUUUCUUGACUCAUAAAUUGACAGACAAAAGCGAUGUCUACAGCCUAGGAGUUGUAUUUCUGGAGCUCUUGACAGGAAUGCAACCAAUAAUGCAUGGCAAAAACAUUGUUCGCGAGGUGAAUAUGGCACAUGAGUCAGGCAAUAUGUUCUCCAUCAUAGACAGCAGAAUGGGAUCAUAUCCUUCAGAUUGUGUAGAAAGGUUUGUAGGUUUGGCUCUUAGUUGUUGCCAUGACAAGACAGAGAAGCGGCCUAGUAUGCUAGAUGUAGUGAGGGAGCUUGAAAACAUCCUCAAAUUGAUGCCAGAAUGUACUCCUCAUCAUCAUCAUGCUACCAUCUCAGAAUCAACUGCUUCCGCAUUUUCUAGCAAGUUGGAAUCUUCAUCAUCAUCUGCAUCCUAUGUUACCCGCGACCCAUUCGUGUCCUCCAGCAUUUCUGGAAGUGAUCUUAGCAGCGGCGUCAUUCCCAGCAUCACUCCUCGAUGACAUUGACUUGACAGAGAGAAGUAAUUUGUUGUAAGGAUUUUGGUCCAUUUCUGUAUGGUUUUCAAAUCUGUAAUUAUUGCAUAUCAUCUUGUUUCUUGGUUCGGCCAAAGAUGACAACGCACAUAUAUAUUAACCAAUAUGCUCGGAAUUUGACUCCUGAUGCUACCAAAUUAAAGAGAUCAAUCUUGUUUUAUUUCCGGUUUAUGAAAACCGGGGGAAAUAAAAUAAAAUGAAAAUUGGAAGAAGGUAGUAAACCUGUACGUAA